AAGAAAGAUGAUGAAUGAGUAAGGUGGGAUCCAACAGGAGUGUAGUAAAGGAUGGUAUAAUUCAUGAAUUAUUUUUUCUUGAGCUCAAUAAAAAAAGUCAAUGAGCGAAGGGAAAGGUGUAACCAUCUGGUACAUUUAUGAUUCUUAAUGAUUAAUUGAUUGAAGACUGAUAAAUUUGGAUAUCAUCAGUAAUAGAAAUGGAAGAAAGUGAAGAACCUGAAGAGCCUAUAUCAUUAGGAAGGCAGGAAUAUAGAAGGAGAAGACAACCCAGCCAACCAAUGGUAGAUAAGUCCCAGCAAACUGAAAUAACAGAAAAAAGGAAAGCCAUGGCUUCAGUACAACCUCCUGCCCCUAAAGCUACUCAUAGUAUUGGUAAUAUUCCUGGAAGUAAAGACAACUACUCUCGAAAAGAAUAUGAGUCUCUUAGGCUGUCCUCUCAACUUCAGAAAACUUGGAUGAAAAGAAAGCCUGUCCAGGAUAUGACUGACAAAUCUCUUCAGACAGACCCUACUGUGGAAGAAAAACUGGAAGUCAUAUUCAUUGAUAAAACACUUAAACUUGAAGAAAACACAGCUGGUGUUGGAGAAAUAGCUCCUGAAUUGCCACAGAGUAUUCCAGAAGUAGAGAUUCCAACAAGCAGACCCACCAGUCAUUUAAUAGACAGAUCUCAACAGACCAGCUGUACUGGUGACUGGAGUCUGAUAUACAUUUGCCCAAAAGAAAAAGUGGACAAAGAACAACAGACCUACUUCAGUGAGUUAGAAAUUACUAUCAGGUCUAUGCCAGGUAGCUCCGUCACUAAGUCGAAGGAAGGAACAAUUCCUAUUGCACAAGAAGGUCCUUUGGUUGAAAUAAAUGGUUCUGUUGAAAUAGAGGUACUAUCAACUGAAAAACUCCCUGAUGUCAUGAUGUCUUUCACUGAAGGGGAGAUUUCUGGUGAAUUACAGGCUCUAUCAGAUGGUGAGGCCACAGUUAAAGGAGAGCUCAUCUUGACAGAGGAGAUCCCUAUCCAAGCACCAUCUCCAGCUGAAGAGACCUCUGCAGCUGAAACAGCCACUACAACUGCAAAAGACAUUGUGGAUAUACAGGCUCCACCAGCUGAUAAGCUUUCUUCUGUAGAGGCUCCUGCUGAUAUUAGUCCUACAUUAGUGCAAGGGCCUCUUUCAGACAAACCUUCUGUUCAACAGUAUCCUCAAGGAACUUCAGAACUUCCUGUUGAAGAUCUGGUUCCAUUCUCAGAAGAGGUGCUUGAGAAAGUUCAAGCUUUAACAACUGACUCUAUGCUUGAAGACUUGGGAAGAGCAGUGUCUACUAUUGCUGAAGAGACAUCUGGUAAAGUUCAACAUCCUCUGUCUGAAGAGACUUCUAAAGAAGUACCUGCUGAAGUUCAUUUUCCGAUAGCUGCAGACUUUGAAGAAAUUGCUAUUUUAAUAGAUGAGAAAUUUGCUACUGAUGAGGUAUUUGAAGAAUAUAAGCCUCCAAUAAUUGAGGAAGUCUCUGAAGAUAAGGCUACUGCAGAAGUUCUGCCUCCAUCAACUAAACAGGGAACUGUAGAAAACCUGACUGCAGAAGUUCUAUCUACACCAACUGAGGAGGGCCCUACAGAAGUUCCACCUCAAUCAACUGAAGAGGGGCCUGCAGAAGUUCCAUCUCCACUAACUGAAGAGGGGCCUGCAGAAGUUCUACCUGCACCAGCUGAGGAGGCCCCUGUAGAAGUUCUGCUUCCACCAGCAGAGGAGGCCCCUGCAGAAGUUCUGCCUCCACCAGCAGAGGAGGCCCCUGCAGAAGUUCCACCUCCACUAACUGAAGAGGGGCCUGCAGAAGUUCCACCUCCACUAACUGAAGAGGGGCCUGCAGAAGUUCCACCUGCAUUAACUGAAGAGGGCCCUGCAGAAAUUCCACCUUUACCAGCUGAGGAGGCCCCUAAAAAAGUACCACCUUCACCAGCUGAGAAGGGCUCUUUCGAAGUUUCUCCUCCACAAACUGAAGAGGGGCCUGCAGAGGUUCCUCCACCAGCUGAGGAGUCCCCUAUAGAACCUUCAUCAGCUGAGGAGGGCCCUUCAGAAGUUCCACCUCCACCAACUGAAGAGGGACCUCAAGAAGCUCUACCUCCAGCAACUGAGGAGGCCCCUAUAGAAGUUCUACCUCCAGCAACUGAGGAGGCCCCUGUAGAAGUUCUACCUCCAGCAACUGAGGAGGCCCCUGUAGAAGUUCUACCUUCAGAAACUGAGGAGACCCCUGUAGAAAUUCUACCUCCAGCAACUGAGGAGGCCCCUGUGGAAGUUCUACCUCCAGAAACUGAGGAGGCCCCUGUAGAAGUUCUACCUCCAGAAACUGAGGAGGCCCCUGUAGAAGUUCUACCUCCAGCAACUGAGGAGGCCUCUGCAGAAGUUCAACCUCCAGCAGCUGAAGAGGGCCUUGCAGAAGUCCCACAUCCACCAACUGAGGAGAGCUCUACACAUGAUGUUCCCACAGAAGUUCAGCUUCCACAAGCUAAGGAAAGUCCUGAACAGGUCCUACCUUUAUCAGGUGAGUCCACUGCUGAAGAAGCCUUUGCACAAGUUCAGCCUCCAUCCUUUGAGAAGGCUCCUUUAGAAAGUCCUCUAGAAGAAGUUGAGAAGAUCCAUCUAGAUAAUUUAUCAUUUGAAGUGCAACCUCUGCCAACUGAAGACAUUGUAGUAGGUGUAACAGCUGAAUUUCAGACUCUUCCAGCUGAUGAAAAUCCUGCAAGAAAGGACACUGUUGAAACCCAGCCUUCAUCAUUUGAGGGUGCUCCAAUAGCAGAAAACCCUGUUGAAGCUCCACUUCCAGCAGCUGAGGCAGAUACUGGAAUAGAGGAUUCUGCUGUUCAUCCUUUGUCAUUAGCUCCUACAGACGAAGCUCCUGCAGAAAUUCAGAUUCUACAAACUGACAAUAUUCCUACAGAAGUGGCACCAGUUGAAAAUCAGCCUCUACCAGUUGAGGAAGUCUUUCCCAAAGUGGUCUCAGAAGAAGAGGCCACUGCAGCUGAAGUUAGGUCUCCUUUAUCUGAGGGGGCUCCUGCAGAAGAAGCCACUGUGGAAGCACAAUUAACAUCGGUUGAAGAGAGCCCUAAAAAGGCUUCUGUUGAUGUACAGCCUUUACCACCUGAGACCCCUGUAGAAGAGUCUCCUGUUGUUGAUCCGCCUUUAAAAACUGAUGUUGUUACUAUGCAAGAGUUUCAUGUGGAAAAGAUGCCCGCUGAAGAUCCACUUCCACCUUCAGAACAAACCCCUGCAGAUCAGGUUCUACUAAAAGAACAUCGAUUAUCCCAGGUAGCAGACAUCUCAGAGAAAGAAUUAGAGUCUCCUACUUUGACAAGUGAUAAAAUGUCUGAAGGAAUAGAUUCUGUUCCUGAAGAUGUGUCUGGAACCAAGGACGAUCAGAUCUCCACUUUCAAAAUAGAAGGUACCAUUAAAAUAGAGUUAAAGAACUGAGCUAUAGUCAGAUGUUAACUUAAACUAAUAAUUUAAGUGGAUUCUAGAAGGUUAUUCUUUAGAAAAUGAGAUGCUAUCUGGAAGAACUCUUAUGAAUACAUUAAAGUAAAAGAAUACCUAAAAGAUUAAGUGUGCAGGUUGGACAAUGAAUAAAAUCA